CACCUUCUAUACCCAAACGCCGAACAUCAACAGAACGAUUUCUAAGUCUCAGCACCUAAUGAGUGACUUAAUUCAAUUUCCGCAUGGUGUAGAUGGCAAAGAUAUUCUGGGGGCGGGGAUUACGGCAAUAGUUGCUCGCCUUGAUGCCGUUAUACGAACGGCUUGGUCACCAUGAUAGGGUCGUCCGUUAUUACAUGGGAAACGAUUCUAUCCUACAAUAUGCUUGUCAUGGAUCUAUAAGGCAGUACUUGCAAAUCCAGACGAAGCCCCUUGAGCUUUCACUGCAGCUUCGCUGGGUCGAACAGAUUGCAGAAGCGGUUGCUUACGUCCAUUCCAAAAAUGUCUUACACGGCGACAUCUCCUGUAACAACAUAUUCAUUGAUCACGGUCUCAACGUGAAAUUGGGCGACUUUGCUGGCUCUGCUAUUGAUGAAGAACCUGCUCUUGUCUACUACGAGACUAGCCAUGGGCAUCCUAGCAUUACAGACACCACGACGAAGAGUGAGAUAUUUGCCCUUGGCUCUACCUUUUACGAGGUAAUGACCGGGUUGAAACCAUACAAAUGGCUUCCGGACUGGGAGAUAGAUGACGCAUAUGCCGCCUGAGCUCUUUAGAUGCGUUCAGCGGCGCUAUUGCGAAGUGUUGGGCCCAAGAGUAUGCAAAUGUAGACGAGCUUCUAGAGGAUAUAAAGGCAGAAGUAAGGCGGGGCUGCAAUGAGAG